AUGUCCAGUCGGAGGCCGUCGUCGCGCGCCGCGAGUCAAAGCCAGAGCACCAAUGGCAAGACGCGCAUCAAGGCCAAGCGGCGAUACCUGCUGAAGGUGACGCCCAUCGAGGCCUGGGACCUGCUGCCCGCCGAGUCCGGCCGAGCGCGCAACGCCUACUGCACCAUGGUGCUGCUGGACGAGAACAAGCGCGAGAUCAAGGGCGAGAAGCAGCGCACGCCGCCCAUGCGCCAGACAAACCCCGUGUGGAGCCCGCUCAAGGCCGCGGUGCUGCGCUCGCUGGAGAGCAACGUCGAGUCGCACCAGCCGCUGGGCAUUGGCGCCGCCGCCGCCUCGGAAGAGUACACGUUCGGCAUCCAGACGAGCCUCAUGAACGCCAAAUACGUGCUGGUCAAGUGCAAGGACAAGGGCCGCGUGGAGAACGAGGACCUGGGACGGCUGCUGCUCAGCCUCGAGGACAUGAACACGAGCGGCGAGGAGCGCGUGGCCUGGUACGACCUGCAGCUGCGCCCCGGCGGCAAGAUGAAACGCGUGCAGGGCAAGGUGCGCAUCUCCAGCCGCAUCAUGCGGGAGCCCAGUCUGUGGCAGCUGUGGACGUGCGCGGAGCAAAUGCGCCAGGAGCUGCCCGGCAAGGACCGCAGUUUGUACCUGAAGCCGCAUCCCAACGUCAUCACGGGCAAGGAGGCGGUGGAGUGGAUGCUGUGCCACGGACUGAAUCGCCCGAUGCAAGGAGGAGUGACGUGUUCUACGGCGGAAGAGGCGCUUCUGCUGGGCACGGCGCUAAUCCGCAAUGGCGUCAUGAUGCACGUGUCGGGAGAUCGCAGAUUCACUAACAGCACGUGGAAGUACUACCGCUUUAUGGUGAACCAUUUGGACUCGACGGUGCAGAAGGAGGCGAUUCGACAGCGCGAUAUGAUUCUGUCGGGCGAGGCUGAGGAAGUGGAGGACACGGAGGAGGAAGUGCUUACGCGCACCAUGAUGGCUUCAUCCGUCAGCAACGAGGAGGAGAACGGAUUGGGCUCUACCCAGGUGCGCGGUUGUGUUGCUGGAGGAUCGGGUGCCAAUGAACCGGCGGGAGACUCGAACAGAGGCAAGUCCAAGUCGACGCUAAAGAUUGAGGACUUCGAGCUGCUCAAGGUUCUCGGCACCGGUACGUACGGUCGUGUGUUGUCCGCCCGCGGCCCGGAUGGGAAGGUCUACGCCAUCAAGAUCAUCACCAAGAUCGGCAUGGAUGAAAACAUGCGGAGAAACGCCAAGAUCGAGCGCGAUAUGCUGCGUGAGGUGAGGCACCCGUUCGUGGCCUCGCUGCUGUUUGCUUUCCAGAAUGAAGAUAAGGUGUACAUGGGCAUGGAGUUUUAUAAUGGUGGAGAUCUGCGUCACCACUUGACGAUGAACCAGAACAACGAGCUGAAGCUGACUCCAGGACGCAUUAAACUGUACGCGGCUGAGCUGGUCGCUGGUUUGGCGCACUUGCACAGUCUUGAUAUUAUCUACCGCGACCUCAAGCCUGAGAACAUUCUGAUUCAGAAGGAUGGUCACGUGGUUCUCGUUGACUUUGGUCUCUCAACCUACGCGCGUGAUGAGACGGGUAAGAAGGCCCACUCGCUCGCGGGCUCACCGGAAUAUAUCUCGCCUGAAGUCCUCGCUGCUGCGAACCCCAAGAAGGGCGAACCCCCUGCAAUUUACGACAAGACGUGCGACUGGUGGAGCUUGGGUAUCCUCAUCUUCGAGAUGUACAUCGGACGCACGCCGUUCAAGGACGACAACAAGGCUAUCAUGUACCGCAACAUCGCCGAGGGCUUCCUGUACAUUCCGCCUGAGCUGCCGGAGGACGUGCAGUCGCUGCUCGCUGGUUUGAUUGAGCGCGACCCGUCCAAGCGUCUUGGGGCCAACGAGGCCGUGCCCUUCUCUAUUAUGAAACACCCGUACUUCGAUGGCAUCGACUGGGAGGAGUUGCAGCAGAAGAAGGUGCAGCCUGAGUGGGUGCCCGACGUGAUCGACGACGCCGACGCCAAGUACGUGGACAACGAGUUCAUCAACCAGGUGCCGGUGGACACGCCCGAGUGGCGCAUGCUGGACUCGGUGGACCGCGAGCGGGAGUACUUCGAUGACUUCACGUAUCGCGCCACCCGAGUCAUCCAGAAGUGA